GACUAACUGUCAAAUCCGUGACGUGGCCUGCCGACCGAUUUUCCAAUAAGCAGCUACUCAGCUGGGUUUUUCUUACUAUUUACCUAGGAUAAUCGAGUGCUCGCGAGAUGACCACCUACGAGGAGUUCAUCCAACAGAACGAGGAUCGCGACGGCGUGCGUUUGACGUGGAACGUAUGGCCAUCAAGUCGCAUUGACGCUAGUCGUUUGGUAGUUCCCUUGGCCUGUUUGUAUCAGCCGCUGAAGGAACGCCCCGACCUACCGCCCAUCCAGUAUGAGCCCGUUCUGUGCACCAGGAGCAACUGCCGAGCCAUUCUGAAUCCUUUGUGCCAGGUUGACUACCGUGCCAAGUUGUGGGUGUGCAACUUUUGCUUCCAGCGGAAUCCCUUCCCCCCUCAAUAUGCCGCCAUAUCGGAGCAGCACCAGCCUGCGGAGCUUAUCCCAGGAUUUAGCACCAUAGAGUACACCAUCACCAGGGCGCCCACAAUGCCGCCAGUCUUUAUUUUCCUGGUGGAUACCUGCAUGGAUGAGGAGGAGUUAGAUGCUCUCAAGGACUCUCUGCAGAUGUCGCUAAGUCUUCUGCCCCCGAAUGCUUUGGUCGGCCUGAUUACCUUCGGAAAGAUGAUCCAAGUGCAUGAGUUGGGUGCCGAGGGCUGUUCUAAGAGCUACGUGUUCCGGGGAACUAAGGACUUGACCGCCAAGCAGGUGCAGGAUAUGCUGGGAAUCGGGCGCGGAGCAGCUCCGGGGCCGCAGCAACAGCAGCAGCUGCCCGGUCAGCCGGCUGGAGCGGCGGCCCCUGUGCCGCCAGCUCAUCGCUUCCUGCAGCCGAUCGGCCAGUGCGAUACAGCAUUGGGCGAUCUGCUCAGCGAACUGCAGCGCGAUCCCUGGCCGGUGCCGCAGGGCAAACGCUACCUGCGCUCCACGGGCGCUGCUCUUUCGAUAGCAGUAGGUCUGCUGGAGUGCACCUACCCGAACACGGGCGGACGCAUAAUGACCUUUGUAGGUGGACCUUGCUCCCAGGGCCCCGGCCAGGUGGUCGACGACGAGCUGAAGCACCCGAUCCGUUCGCAUCACGACAUCCACAAGGACAACGUGCGCUUCAUGAAGAAGGCCAUCAAGCACUACGACGCUCUGGCAUUGAGAGCCGCCACCAAUGGCCAUAGUGUGGACAUAUACUCAUGUGCUUUGGAUCAAACCGGACUGCUGGAGAUGAAGCAACUGUGCAACUCCACCGGAGGCCAUAUGGUUAUGGGCGAUUCGUUUAACUCGUCGCUAUUUAAGCAGACAUUCCAGCGCGUGUUCGCGCGAGACGGUAGGAACGAUCUGAAAAUGGCAUUUAAUGCUACGCUGGAAGUGAAGUGCUCGCGCGAGCUAAAGAUCUCCGGCGGGAUUGGCUCGUGUGUGUCGCUGAAUGUGAAGAGCCCGUCGGUGUCGGAUGUGGAGAUCGGCAUGGGCAAUACGGUGCAAUGGAAGCUGUGCACUUUGAACCCAAGCUCCACGGUGGCCUACUUCUUUGAGGUGGUCAACCAGCAUGCGGCCCCAAUACCACAAGGCGGACGCGGUUGCAUACAGUUCAUAACUCAGUAUCAGCAUCCAAGCGGCCAAAGGCGAAUUCGGGUCACUACUUUAGCAAGAAAUUGGGCAGAUGCCACGUCAAACAUACACCACAUCAGCGCCGGAUUCGAUCAGGAGGCAGCCGCCGUGCUCAUGGCCCGCAUGGUCGUCUACCGCGCCGAGACAGACGAAGGUCCUGAUAUUUUGCGUUGGGUGGAUCGUCAGCUCAUUCGCCUGUGCCAAAAAUUCGGCGAGUACUCGAAAGACGACCCGAACAGCUUCCGCCUGUCACAGAACUUUAGCCUUUUCCCGCAGUUCAUGUACCAUUUGCGCCGCUCGCAGUUCCUGCAGGUCUUCAACAACUCGCCCGACGAGACCACAUUCUACCGACACAUGCUUAUGCGCGAGGACCUCACCCAGUCGCUAAUCAUGAUUCAGCCGAUCCUCUACAGCUACUCAUUCAACGGCCCCCCGGAGCCAGUUCUGCUGGACACGGCUUCGAUCCAAGCGGAUCGGAUCUUGCUGAUGGACACGUUCUUCCAGAUCUUGAUCUAUCACGGCGAGACCAUCGCCCAAUGGCGCGCUUUGAAAUACCAGGACAUGCCGGAGUAUGAGAACUUCAAGCAGCUGCUUCAAGCUCCGGUGGACGAUGCCCAAGAGAUCCUGCAGACUCGUUUCCCCAUGCCCCGAUACAUUGAUACAGAGCAUGGAGGCUCGCAGGCGCGCUUCCUGCUCUCCAAGGUUAAUCCCUCGCAGACGCACAACAACAUGUACGCCUACGGGCAGCCGUCCAUUGGUCAGACCACGGAUGGAGGCGCCCCAGUGCUAACCGAUGAUGUGUCGCUUCAGCUGUUCAUGGAGCAUCUCAAGAAGUUGGCCGUCUCCACCACCACAUGAAUUGUUAGGAUGCCAAGUCUGCGGUCUAUUUUGUCGAAAAUAAAGAUAGAAACUAUAACGCUGAUCCACCAAUUCGGGAAUUGGAUGCAAUUACAGAUAUACACCCAUUUAUUCCACAUGAUCGUCUGAAAAAAACACAAUAAAAUAUUCAAAUUAUGUUCAACAA